AUGUCUCCCUCAGUAGACGAGACCGGGAGUUUGUCUCCCACCAAUUCGCGAGGAGAUGAUGAUGAAAACUCUCAGCACCCUCGCAAGCGCCAACGCGUGCGCUUGAGCUGCUUGGAGUGCCGCCGGAGGAAGCUGUCCUGCGACCGCGGCUAUCCGUGCCAGCGUUGCCUGAAGAGCGGUACGCCUGACCGCUGCACAUACGAGACCAAGUCUGGCGUCGUUUUGAACGCCAGUUCCGGCGUCCCGCCUGCCUUUGCUCAGCUGGACUCACGGAGGAAUGGCGAGUUGGCCAUGUCCAGCAAGGAAUCCGAGAUUACCGUUAUGCGGGAGGCGGCCAAGGACCACGACCGCAUCCGCCGCCUAGAGCUGGAAGUCGCUCAGCUCAAGACUCAACUCACGCGACAGGCCAUGUCCUCAUUUGAUGGGAGCACCGUGGCUGGCACCAACUCACCACACACUCAAAAGGAUGAAACUACUGACACCCCCGCCGACCCAUGCGCGAAUAACUCGCAAUUGCAGUCAUGUUGGCAUCAGUACACCGACGGAGGAGACAAGUCCUCAGAGCUGCGUUUCUUCAGAGGCAAGGAGUUUAGGACGAGGUAUUUUGGCCCUCACAAUGCCACCAUGGCGUUCAUUGAGUUGACUGGCCUGUGUCCCUUCAUGAAGGAGACGGCUGAUGAGUGGCUGAAGCCAGUAAAGGCACAUGAUCGUAAGGAUCGCAAGAAGCGCAAGGAGGACCGAGACAAGUUCUUCGCCCAGCCUGAUCCUCAGCUCGAGGCUCUUCUGCCACCCAAGGAGCAAGUGGACGCCUUGGUCGAGGUCUAUAUCGACCAGUUCGAGCAAAUGCACCGCAUCAUUCACAUUCCGACAUUCCGAAGGGAGUACUCACAGUUUUGGGAGAACCCGUCCGAAUCCCGCUAUGCCGCGUUCACUGCCCUUGUUUUGGCCAUCAUCGCGGUUGCAAACUGCAUUCAUACUCACGACUCUCUGAGAUUUACCGGCAUGAUCUCGAAUGCGCAAACGACGGCUGAAAGGUGGAUCAAGGCCGUCGAGGAAUGGCAAAACAACCAAAGCAUGAAGCAUCGUAAGCUCAUUCACUACCAAAUCGCCUGCCUGCUGUAUCUCAGCAAGCGGGUAAACACCGUUAAGAAGAAGCGUUUCUGGACGAAUUCGGGAGCUCUCAUUCAGGAUGGAAUCUCAGUUGGACUACACCGUGAGCCAAGUCACAUGUCUGGCAAGAUCUCAGUAUAUAACCAAGAGAUGAGACGGAGAAUCUGGGCGACGGUGCAAGAAUUCGACAUGCAAGCUUCUUUCGACCAUGGUCUGCCCACGCUGGUGAGCCAGCUGCACUACGACGUGCAGCCACCGAGGAAUCUGGAUGACGAAGAUUUUGACGAGGACACGACUCAGCUGCCUCCGUCAAAGCAUGGAAAGGAGUACACGUACUCCUCGUACCAGAAUCUCGCACGCCAGAGUCUGCCUCUGCGCAUGGAGCUGAGCAGACUUCUCUGCGGACCACCCGGGGAAAUCGACUACGACCAAGUCAUCAGAUAUACGAAUGACAUCACUCACGAAAUCGACUCCCUGCCCUCCUGGGAGCACAACAACAACAACACGCACGGAGGCAAGCGCCCACUCCUUGCCUACACCCUGCUUCACAUUCAGCUCCGCCAGUACAUUAUCCCCCUUCACCAGCCCUUCCUCAAGCUCCGCAAGUCCAACGCCAAGUACCAGUACUCUGAAAUUAUUUACUACAAUGCGGCACGAGACAUUGUUCUCUUGCACGACAAGCUCUACGAGCAAGGCAUUCGCUGCCUCAACUUCCUACGCGAAGACACCCUCACCACGGCCGUCAACCUUUGCAGUGUCACCAUGCUGCAGCCGCGCGGCUCUACCAACAUGAUCAUGAUCAACUCCCAACACACCGUCAAGCUACUCGAGAAGUGCCUCUCUAUGAAGGAGGACCGACUCUUGCGUUGCGGCAACAAUGAGCCAUGGGGCUACUCCAUCAUGUGCUCAGCUCUGGGUCUGCUCGAGGCACACCUGGGGACCAAGACGACAGAGCAAGCCAAGGCCUCGUCUGCGGAACGGUUCGUCAACCUGCACUACAAGCUGCUGGCGAACCAGGAGCCGCCGGUGUCGAGCCAGCAAUCGGAACUUUCCAAGAUCCCCGGUUUGGAGGUUCCGGAAAGACCAAAAUCCGUGACGCCCUUUGCCUUCCAGGGCUACCCGGCAUCUCAGAACACCGUCGACGGACUGCUGCCUCAACCGCUGCCAUGGAUGACAACAUCCAUUGAUCCGCAGGUGAGUCUUCACGGAGACUUCUCCCCAGCACUCGUUGCUGACAGUUUGUUGGCGGCAAAGGCACAACAGUUCAACCCCGACUUUAGUCUUGAAGCUUUGGGGUUGAACUUGAACGAGUUAUGGGGAGAGUCGUGGGACUUUAGCUAA